UUGCGACAUCACGUAUUCCGCGCCGCUCCUUAACCCGCUACAAAAAGCUAGCGUUUCUGUUUAAUAGCAGAAUCGUGCCGGAGGCGAACUUCUUCCUGUCCGAACUGCGCACCAGAAAAGUGUCUAAGACGGAGACAAUGUGUCUGCGGGCGAAUAUGCGAUAAUAAAACGGAUCCUGCAGAUCAGGUGGCAGAGCCGCCAAGCCAAGAGGGUCAUGCAGUGGACAUGAGGUCAAGAGGUCAUUCCCCCACAUUACUCCACAGCACUCCAAGCUUACUGCACGUUCUCUUUCACUGUAAUGCCUGAAGCGACCCAUGAGGCAUCGGAAAGGUCCUGCCAGCGGGCCUUCCUGAAGCCAGGGGCUUUCCCAGCCCACUCAUGCCUGUGAUCCCGAUCCCGCGGCGGGUGCGCUCCUUCCACGGCCCCCACACUACUUGCAUGCACUCGGCCUGCGGCCCGGCGCGCACCUCCCAGCUGGUGCGCACCAAGUACAACAAUUUCGACUUGUACCUGAAGUCACGCUGGAUGUACAGCUUCGUCCGCUUCCUGCUCUACUUCGGCUGCAGCCUGUUCACCUCCCUCCUCUGGGUGGCGCUGUCGGCGCUGCUGUGCCUGCAGUACGUCUCCGUGCGAAUCUUCUUGCGCCUGCAGUACAAGCUGUCGGUCAUUCUGCUGCUGCUGGGGCACCGGCGGCUGGACUUCGGUGUGCUGAACGAACUCUUCAUCUACAGCAUGCAUGUCACCAUGUUCUUAGUGGGCGGCUUAGGCUGGUGCUUUAUGGUGUUUGUGGACAUGUAGGUGUCGGUGAUGACGCUAAGUUUGAGCAUCGACAGCGAAAAAAAGUGAUGCACUGAUUUUACUCCAUUUAUUUUCACGUAAAUAUAAUAUAUUACAUCAGCUGGAGAUGCACGAUGAUACCAGAAUAGAAUCGUAUUAGCAGAUUGUUUAAAAACUGACCAACGCUGGGCUGAUGCUUAAAUUGGAGCCAUAAUUCGAAUGGAUUUUUGAGGCAUUGAUUUUACAAUUCCAUUCAGAAUUUUGGAUUCUCCUUUCAGAUGUUUGAAAUCGGUAGAAAAUCCUAUUCACAGAUAAUCCAGUGCAUAAAUUUGUUCAAAUGUGUUCAUCCAGGUCUCAGAUAGUUAGUAGGAAACUUAGAAUCUGAACAAAAAUGAGAUGCUCCCGGAGCAAACCGACCUGUAGAUCAUUCAGAAAUGAGAAAGCUGCAAAACAUCAAGAAUUUCUAAUAAAGUUAAUAUCCAAAAUUAACUGUAUUUGAGAAAUGGGGAUAAAAAUUUGAGCUUGAUGUAUAAUUGAGCUUUAUACAUAUCGCUGCUGUCGGAAGAAAACCUUGUAUCUCCAUUAUUGUCGUUAUUUUCAAGCAUUUCUAUUGGUCGGUUCAUCAUAAAAUUUUGGUAUGAUAUAAAGAGCAGCCGGAAGUUUGAAAUUCUAAAAAAAAAAAUUGUGACAAAAUCGAGAUGGGUUUUGUUCAGAUGUUGAUGAUCUAUAACUUUGUUACACAUAACACUAAUGAAAUAUAAAUAAUAAAAUAAUAAGCAGCUGAAUGCAGUGAUGAUGCCCUGCGAUGGACUGACUGGUGGCCUGUCCAAGGUGUUUCCUGCCUUACGCCCCUUGACCAGGGGAUAGGGACCCUCUAUAAGCACCCCCUGCAACUCAGGAGGACAAGCAGCUUAGAUAAUAUGUGUGUAAUAAUUAUUUUGCAUUCCCAAAAUCCUUGAAAUAUGAACUAAAAUACGUUUAGAUGUCAAAGUUGAUAGAGGAAAAAAUGAUUAGUAGAAUAAGUGAUUGGAAACUUGAACGGUGGGCUACUGCUCUAAUAUGUCUACAUUUUAUUAAUUUUAUUAAAUGUAUUCAGAAAUUAACGUUGCAUUUCUCUGUAAUGCUGACACAAGCAGAUGUAAUCUCUAUCUCAAUAGUUUAAAAUGUACAAUAUAUGAAGAAAUUUAUGAAUAUCGGAUGUCGACACCAGCCCAGUACAGAAGUCCAGAGAGGCCAUGAGGUAGUUAUAUUUUUCUGGACAAGUUAAUCUUGUGAAAAGUUGUUAUCUUGAAAUAACCAGUUACUUGUUAUCUUGAGACAGCAAAAGUUGGUAUCUUAAGAUAACGAGUUAAUUGGCUUGUGAUCUCAAAAUAACACAAUUUUUAUCUUGACAUAACGAGUUACUUAUCUUGAUAUCUUAAGAUAAAAUUGAAAUAAUAAAUUAUCUAGUUAUCUCGGAGUAACAAAAGUAGUUAUCUUAAGAUAACUAGUUCAUUAUUUCUUAAUCUCAAAAUGAGAAAAUUGUUUGAAGUUAUUUAUUUUGUUAUCUCAAAAUAAAGUUGUUGUCUUGAAAUAAUGAGUUACUUCUCUUGUUAUCCCAAGACAACAGAAGUUGUUAUCUUAAGAUAACGAGUUAAUUAUCUUGUGACUUCAAGAUAACAAAGUUGUUAUCUUGAGAUAAGUUAUUUAUUUUGUUAUCUCAAAAUAACAAGGUUGUUAUCUUGAGAUAACGAGUUACUUAUCUUGUUAUCUCAAGAUAACAAUCCAGAAAAUUAUAGCAACAGCUCAUGGCCUCUCUGGACCUCCGUAGCCCAGAAUUCCCAUAUCCCUACACAGUUUUGGCCAGUGAAGUAGCUGUGUUAUGUCCUGUAUUUCAAUCUGCUAAAUUCAGUGCAGCACUGUUUUUCAGCACACUGUCUGACCUGGUCUUAUCAAGGUGCCACCUGUUUUUUCUAUACUAAUGGACAUUAUUACAGUCCACCCACAACCAGGCACUACUGAACUCAUUUAAUGCCUUGAGGACCAACCCAGAAGAGCCUAGAAAGCUCGGAUCAAGUUCGUCAGAGCAAAACAUGCUUGCAUUAAUUCAAAAUGUUACACUGUAAGUAGGACUGUUUAGUAUUAAGGCUGUAGUCAUUAUGUGUUAAAGGCAUAGUCUAGCAUUAUUAAGACCUAAUCUCUGUUUGCUGCAUUCGUAGCACACUGUUAAUUAGCACAGACAUGUUUUCCUCAAAGAACAGAGAACCAGUCGACUCUGAACUCGCUUACAGUGGAAGCCAAUGGGCAGAUGCUGAAGCAGCAGAAGCAGCAAGUUUCAUUAUUACUAACAAUGGGGAAAUUUUUGUCUGUGAUAAUCAAGCAUAUGCUACAGACGCAGCAGAUGAAGAUUAUGUUGAAAACAUUCUGCUGGAGUUUUCCUCUAAGGUUCGCUUAGUCUGGUUGCUUUAACUUAAGUGGAGGAAGUGUCAUGUUGUCUCAAGUUGGUCAUCUGUCAUAACGCAAUGACCUCUUUUUGUUGUUCUGUGCCAACGUGCCCAACCGUCACCUUUCAUUCCAUUGCUGUUGUAACAAAGCCUUCACAUCUCCAGAACGGUAGCUGUACUGAAGAACGUUCUUAAAGGGAAAGUCCACCCAUUUUUCAAACUUUCUGGGUAACAGUGGUUGAGAUGUAAACAGAGUGACUCAGAGUGGUUUGGAGGGAGACUUCUUUGAUAGGAACCAGGGGUUGCCAUGACUACAACACAAAUAUAGACAUUUUAUUUACUAUCUGAAAAAUGUCUGGGUUCUAAGAACAUGUAAUGGGUUUUAAGAACAUGGUUUAGGCCAUCUUUAUUUCAAAACUGUCUUGGAACAGUGUCUCGGGCAUCAGGCAGUGCAUUCAUAACCAUUUAGUGUAAUAUUAAGUCUGGAUGUCUGGUUUCAGUCACCACCACUGUGAACAACGUUCCCAUGACUGCUCAUUUAACUAGGCAAAUUUUGAAAAAGUUGGUGGCAUUCCCUUUUCAUUUUGGUGUAAGUAAAUGUAGCAAGGUUUUGGGCCAAUUCUACUGGUCCAUCAUAAAGUUUUCACACAAUAUGCAUCAGCAUUUAAAAUGCUGUCAAAAGAAAAUCCUAAAUGAGAACAAACGGAGAGGUUUUGAUACGACAGCGACAAUAAGGAGGCGUCACGUGAUGUAGGUUUUAGGUUUAGUAAGAAAUCUUCAGUCAUGAUGUUUAUUUUGUUGAGUGAUUGGUUUGGCCUGUUUCAGGUUACUUAGGCCACUCACUCUAGACCUGUUACUCUGAUGCCAAGCAGACCACAAUCGCAACGCCCCCGUGUUGCCCUGCGCUGCGUUCAGGCGCCAGCCCGGCAUGAGGCUGAAACUGGUUCACACAACCUGCUAUUGUUCGGGGAUCAAGACAUCAUAUGCCUCAUACUUGGCCAAGCGUUCUCUUUUGUUUCUCCUAAAUGAAGGCACUCUGCUGACAUUUAUGCCAUUGUAAACAUGUCAGAGCUAACUGAGUCUGUAUCUAUGUGCUAAUAGACAGAUAUUCCCCAGUCAAGUGCCACUGACAUCCAUUCAUAGCAGAGUUCACGGCCACUCAGGAACAGCAGUUUGUUUUUCAAUAAACCUGUUUACAGUUGAAGA